AUGUUGUCGACUAAAAAGGAAGAAGACACGGAAAUCGACGCCAUGGAAAUACAGUUACAAGAUGGAAACCACAUUCAUGCUUUUUAUUCCACCAAGUUUCAGCCUUCUCUCGAUGAAAUGCAAGAAGAAGAGGCCGAGAAGCAAAAAUAUCAGUUGCUGACUCUUGCUCGAUCCCGUAUCAAGGAAGAUAUAGCUCAGCUAAAGGCAGAUGAACAUCAAAUAAACCGGAAAUUGAUGUGGUUUACACAGCAAGAUCAAUAUAUACAAUGGAAGAAGCAAGAAAUCAAUAAUCUUGAGAGUUAUCUGUGUAAAGUCGAGCCUCAUUUGCCUACAAAUUCAGUACCAAGAACAACUGGUUUUUUACAUUUGUCUGAAAAAGAUGCUGUAAGAGCUGAUCGAAAACGUUACCAAAAAAGGCUGAUCAAGAAAGGGAGGAUGGACGUGGAUUAUUUGCAUCAAGUUAAGGAAGAACUUCUGUGUUUAAAGAAAUGCAGUGGAAUGACAUCAUCUUGUACGCAAGAAAUUAAAGAUCUGAUGGAGAGCAUGGCCCAAAGGAUCCAACAUGGGAACAAGAAUCGAUUAGAGGAAAUGAGAAUCUAUCUUGAAAUGAGAAACCUCAAGGAAACGAGAGAUAUUUACACUUCACCAGAUCCUGACGAAUGUCUUAGUAAUUGCUACUCAAUCCCAAGACGACCAUCAAAUUACGAUGUAGAAUUAAAGCGAGCUACACAACACAAGAUAAAUAUUCGAUUAGACGAUAUUGAGGAGAUGACAAUGGAUUUAAAGGGACGUAAAGCUAGAGUUACCAGACUUAAAGCGGAUAUGGAACUUGUAAGAAAGAGUAUUUGUUGUUUACAAAAGGAGCUUGAAGAUGUUAACACAAAGAGAAUUAAAGCCUUUAAACGUGCUUGUGAGCUUGGAGAGCAAAAGAAAGGACUGGUGCAGUAGUAUAUAAUAGUUGGUUAUCACAAACAUACAUAUAUCACUAAACUUGAAGGCGAUAUUUAAAAUAUUGAUUGUAUCAUUCACAAAUGGUGUAAGAACUUGCACAGAAAGGG